AUGUGUAUAGUAGUACGUACAUUGCUGUAUGCAUGUUGCGGGUUUGGUAGCUCCAUAGGCAUAGACAUGGUUUAGCUCAUGUUUUACAGAACAGCUUCUGAGAAAUGAACUUGCCUAAUUUGUGGAUUAUAUCGGAUAUAUAUCUGAAAAGCAGUUCAUCAUAGCAGGAAUUCAUAUUUGAUUAUCAGUCAGGUCUUUCACAACUAAACAUAUCUAACUCAUAAUGAGUGAACCAGCAAGAGAAGAAGGAUACAGGGAGCCCGAUCCCGGAGAAGUAAGGGAUGAUGAGAGGAUACCAGAGCCCAUGCCUAGUAACCGUUCUGCCCCUCCCAGGAACGCCACCUCUGCCAAUUCACCUAGGAAACCAGCCACACAGAAAGGAAAGCUACAAAAAGUCACUAUUGUAUUAUUGGAUGAAACUGAAUUUUACUGUGAUAUUGAGAAACGUGCCAAAGGGGAACAACUAGUAGACCUGGUAUGUGAUCACUUGGACAUUGUGGAAAAAGAUUACUUUGGCCUUACGUAUAGAGACUCACAAGAUUGUAGGCAUUGGGUUGACCCGAUAAAAGAGCUGAAAAGACAAAUGAAAAAUGGACCUUGGUUUUUCUACUUCAAUGUCAAGUUCUAUCCACCAGAUCCAGCUCAACUCAAAGAAGACAUCACAAGGUACUUCCUUUGUUUACAAAUUCGGGAUGAUAUUCUCCGGGGGAGACUGCCCUGCUCGUUGGUGACACACGCCCUCUUGGGUUCGUACGUUGUACAGAGUGAGCUUGGGGAUUUCGAUGCUGACAAGCAUGGCAUCGACACAGCGUACCUCGGUCAGUUCCGCUUCGCACCGGAGAGGAAGAAGGAAUUGGACGAGAAAGUCAUGGAGCUGCAUAAGACACACAGAGGGCAGACACCUGCAGAAGCCGAUCUUCAUUUCCUUGAUAACGCAAAAAAGCUUGCUAUGUAUGGUGUUGAUCUUCACCAUGCGAGGGAUUCUGAGGGAGUCGAUAUCAUGCUGGGUGUAUGUGCCAAUGGGCUUCUUAUCUACAGAGAUAGACUAAGAAUAAACCGUUUUGCCUGGCCCAAGAUCCUCAAGAUAUCAUAUAAAAGAAACAACUUCUACAUCAAAAUUAGACCAGGAGAAUUUGAACAAUUUGAAAGUACUAUUGGAUUCAAGCUUGCUAAUCACAGAGCAGCUAAGCGGUUGUGGAAAGUAUGUGUAGAGCACCAUACAUUCUUCCGCCUUGUACAUGCAGAACCUCCGAAGAAGAGGCCUAUCUUCUGGCUGGGAUCGAAGUAUCGUUACAGCGGACGAACGCAGUUCCAGACGAGACAAGCUAGCGCCCUCAUUGACAGGGAUAGCCCAGUGGUGGCAAGAGGGAAGAGCGAGAGACAUACCAGGAGUCUAGACGGUGGGUACGGAUCACCGACGCCUCGUGACCCUGAUAGGUCGGACGAGGUCGUCACCCCAGACAAGGCAAGGACGCUUGAAGCACGCCCUCAGAGUGGAUACGAGGCACAUGUUCCAUACGUUGACACAAACGAGGAGGAGAAAAAGAAAUCACAGCGACUCGAUUCCGAGGACAGCAGUCGCGAUGUGGAUUUGGACUUGACCUCCGAUGAGGGAGAUUACGACGGAGAAACCCAACAAGUGCGCAACAUCAAGCUCUCUUAUUUCUCGAGGUCGGCCGAUAACAUGGCAACCAGCCAGCCAGAGGGAGGGGUAGGCGAGGGAGAGAACCCCGAAGAGGGCGGGCCUACCUUCCAGAAAGAAGUUACCACGGUUACCACUACCAAGACAACCACGUAUACAGUUGAAAGAACAGGGGAUCAGAACGCUGAGCUGGUUAAGGAGACGACAUUUGGAGAAGAGGAUGAGCAACCAGUGUUAUUGUUGGAAGGUGAGCCGACACGGCUUCACAUCCACGAGGAACCGGAGAUUAUUACUACCACUACCGUCAAAACAUUCAUCACUGAUGAUUAUGCAAAUGAGCAGCCCGAAGCUGAUCAGGUCAUUCCAGACCAGUCUCCUCAAGAAGUGAUCCAUGAGGAAGUAUUGACCCCUGACAGGGUCACCGCUGACCUGUCAGAACCGGUCCUGGUCCUUUCCGACCAACUUGAAUUGGUCAAGGAGACGGACGUUGACCAGGAGGAACCGGGACAACCCGAAGCCGAUUUGACCCCUGAAGACGCCAGAUCCGACAGGGAUGAUUCUCCUGACCCACCACUCCUACCCCGUACAUACCAGCCAGAACCAGCCCAGUCCGGUUCUGACCAGCCCGAACCAGUCAAGGAGCCUGAAUUCAAUCAGCAGGAACUGGUGGUCGAGGAAGCGGUAGCAAAAGAGGAAGUCACUGGGGUUGAAUCGACCCCUGACCUUGAUGCACGUUUUGGCGGGGAUGUUGCCAUGGUAAUCCGCCUGGAUGUUGAUAAGCAGGACGAAGAAGAAGACCAGGACGAAGAGGAGGAGGAGAUGAUGGCUGCUGCCCAGCCGGAGCAGGAGGACGAGGUCUCACCGUUCGUCAAGACGGCCAUGCUGGUCCAGCAGCAGCAGAGCAGUGAGGACGACUCCAAGCUGACCAGGGACGUCCCCUACGUCAAGACGGAGAACACCACCAUCACCUACGAGAAGGACCCCGAGGAUGCGGUCGAUGGGGAGGAGGAUCCGGGGACAUUGAUCAGCGCGCAGACCAUGACCAGUGAGACGAGGUCGAUGACGACCACCACUCACAUUACCAAGACUGUAAAGGGCGAGCUGACCGAGACGAGGGUUGAGAAGAAGAUUGUUAUCCAGGCAGACGGUGACUUAGAUCAUGAUAAGGAGGCGGCCGAUGCCCAAGUACGAGCUCUGUUAGCGGAGACUUUAGCCGAGGAGCAGCUCCAGAAUCCUGACUUCCAGGUCACCCGCAUCGUCAUCCAGAAAGAGGGGGAAGAGAUCAACGGAGAUGUGGAAGGAGAGGAGGGGGAGGCUCAAUCAGCUCAGGAUUAAGCUAAUCCACACUAAUCUCAUCUUUGUUAAUCUAUUCUCUGGAAUUUUUUACAUGGCCACAGCUUCCUGUAGUACUCGAUUUCAACCGAAGGUCACCAUUGGGGUCUGUAACAUGAAGCUUAGCAAUUGAUUUUUGGGCCGAUUUCUACGAUAUGUUGAUUUGAUUAUUGUGUAUGAUCAAUUGUACUAAUCGGCCACAUGAUCGAACACUGAGGUUUAAGUUACAGUGCCUAGGUUUACCGGUAUUAGUAAGGAGAGAACUAGAAUCUACACUGUAUUAAAUGAAGAUAAAAAAUUCAUUUAGACUAAUAACAUGAUGAUCGGGAUUAACUCAAUUCCCUCAUUAAGAAAUUGCUUUUUGUAUUGUGUUUUCCAAGAAUCUGUAAAUUCAGACUGGUCCAACAGAUACAGUUGAAUUUUAACAAAAUAUAUCAAAAUUUAGAUUCAUGACCAAACAAUUUUAAAUGGUAGUAAUGAAUGAUAUAUCCAAAUUUGUAGGCUUCUUGAAAAGCAAGAUUGGGCAGUUGUUUCUAGACUCGCCUUCUGAUGUUGGAAUUUAUCAUAUCUUCAUAAGAUGUCAAAAUAGUUUGGCUUUUCGUACAAACAUUCUCCUUUUACUUUUGAGCCAAAGGUCUUUAACAAGUAAAAAAAUGCAUUCUUGCUCUGUAGUCUUCUGUUGCAAUGCUUAGAACUGAAAUAGGAGCAGCAAAAAGGUUUAUUACUAAAUAGCAUCUAAGAAUUUUAUUUGUACAAGUAAUUGAUGAAAUUAAAUUUAUAAAGAAACACUGUCACAAAACAAGAAAAAUAUUGUAUUCUGGGAAAGGGAAUUCGGUGGAAGGUGAAGUGGAAAUUCUAAUGUAAAGUUGAAAAGAAACUUUUAAUAUAUGAGCGUCGUCACUGUCAUUCUUGUAGGUUAAUAUUUGUAUAUGUACAGCUGAUUUCUUGAUUUCAAAUGGGGUUACUGUCAUGUAUUGUGGAGUGAUGGAUUUUACUAUUGACCUUACAAGCCCAUCAAACAAAAUUGAAUUGCCGAUUGAGGAUAACUGACAUUUCAACUUGUUAAGGCCAAGUGGUGUGAACUUAAUUGAUGAUUGUAAAAAAUAGGUUGUAAUGGGUAAAAAGCACAAAAGAAGUGGGUGGUAAUGUUAUCUUAGUUACUAUUGUCGAUUAUUUGAAUGACUCUUUUGGAAAAAGAUUGAAUUUGGCUACUCUGUGUUACUUCACAUAUGCUUGUAUAUAAAGCACAAUUUCUGCCAUUUUGUGAUAUUCAUUCAUUCAUUCAUUCACAGAUAUAAAAGUAGAAAGAAAAAUUAUAUAUAUAUCUAAGCUUAUACUCUUUUGUAUUCUUUUUCUUCUUACAAGGGUGUUGUAGGCAUAUGAUCCUGGAAAAUCUGAUUAAUAAUGACGAUGCCCGAGUGAAAUUAAAAGAACGGAUAUAGUGGUAUCUUUAGGCUAAUUAGUAGAGGUUGAUGGUAAGGCAAUAUUAUUUUAGUGUAAUUUAUGUCUGGCAUAGACUGUAUAGGUGUAUAACAGCAGACUACAAGCCUAGUGCCAAGUCAAAAUGUUUUUAAAAAGGAGAUUUUUAAAGUAAUUUAUGGGUUAACCUUGAUUAAAUUCCAUAGCUUUGUGAAUAAUUUGCAUGAAAUGUACCAAAAAUCUUAAUAAUAUUCUGUACAUUUACAUGAUUUUACUGAAAUUUAUCCUUAAGUAAAUGUAUUUUGUUUUCUGUUGAUACUUGUUUAUGAUUUUAAUUUGUUUACUUUUCAAAUUGGAUAGUCUGAUAACAUUUUUUUUUCAUAUCAUACUUGAGCCUAAAUGAUAUUUGUUUAUGUAGAAUUUUAUAACCAGACAUUGAAGAGUUUAAUGGUUGGUCUGAAUUAUGCCAGCCCCAUAUCAUGCAUCCACGACACAUCCCCUAAAUUCUUGUAAAUCUUUAUGAUCGCAACUUUUUAAUUAAUCCCUGAAUGCAAUGAAUCAGUACUAGUUGUCUUGUGAAAAGUGGGCUCGAGGCGACCAUGGACAGUUUGCAUGUACUGCCGACUAUCGACAUAAAUUAUUGCGCAUCUUGAAAAUCGUUGCAAGAUGUUAGGAUGAAAACGUGAUGGCAUUUGUAUAGUAGUGAAAAAUUAAUAAUUAUUUGUUCUCAUGUGUAGAAAUUGAGAAUUUUUGUCAUGGAGAAAAUGUACUAUUCAAAGUGGAUCAUAACAAACAUUUCUUAUUUCAACUAAUAGAAGAUUGAAUGAAUGCUUGUUGAAGAUAUUUACAUUGAAGAUUAUUGAUGUAGUGAUGGGCAAGUUGUUUAUAUAUCAGGUCUUUUUAUUUGUCUCCUCAUAUUAUGAACAUGAAGCCUGCAUAUUGGAUAGGUGUUAUUUAAGUUGACAAAGAAAUGUUUAGAUAUUGUAAAUUUAGAUAUAGUCUGUUAACUCUUGCUUUAAUGACAAAUAUUUUCUGCCAUAUCUUAUCAUGUUUUUUUUUUUUUUGAUCGGUGUGAUUUUGCCCACAAUUGCUAUUAUGAAAUAAUUCUGUAUAAUUUGCUUCAGCAGAUAAUGUAAAUGCAUUCUACUCUUCAAAGAGAAAAUUAUGAGAUAUUAUUGGCCAGAAGGGAUUCUCUUUUGCCAAGUGGUGGAUGAGAUUGUCGGUGCAAAGAAGUUGCUAGUCGUGAUAGUUGUAGUGUUGUUGUGGGUGGCAGGCAACAAGGCAAAUUUCAAGCCUGAUUAGAUUGCUGUUUAGUUAUCAUAGGUGUUUGAAUCCUGUACAGAUAAUACUCGCAAACUGUGUAAACAUGUGUGUAUUUUAGCAACUAUCACUCGUUUUAUUCAAGGGAAUAUUCUUUUCAAUAUAACAUGUAUGAUAACUACAUAAACAAAUGAUUAGCUGCAAAACAAAUAGUACAUAUAGAAUAAAGCAUAUCCUUAAAUUUUAAUUGUAAUGAAAAUGUAGAUUACGGUGAUCUUGCCAUGAAUUAAGUAAGUAGCAUUGUCAGUUUAUAGUGGUGUUUCGUUUUACAACUUUUCUUAGCCAUUUUCAUUUCGACUGAUUCUAGCGUUGAACAAUCACAACAGACACACUUGUACAGAUCUGUUUGAUUUUUACACAUCUUUUUCAACGGAGUGCUUUCCAGGCAAUUUCAUAUAUAUAUAUGUAUACUCAACUUUCAUUUUUUGAAAUUUUCUUUCUUUUAUCCUAGUCUUCAGACUUUUUGAAGAAUCCAUGCUUAGGUUGAUUACAUUUCCACAUUAUUUGAAGUUCUUUGAUUUGUUUUGGUAAUAAUGAUUGUUUAAUGGAGCUAAGAUAUAUCCUGUUUUUGUAACGUAUCGAGUAUGUAAAACACUCAUUAAGAAAAACACAACACUUUUUUGUGAAUGGUGGUUGUGAGACAAAUCGUUCCAAGUUCCUAUUUACUGACAAAUAAAACAUCUAAUUGUUGCCCCACA